AUGAUGAACCUCAAGUCGCUGCUGAACUCGAACGAGGACGGCAGCGCGAAUGCAUCGAAGCAGCAGCAGCAGCAGCAGCAACAACAACAGCAGCAGCAGCAGCAGCCACAUCAGCAGCAUUCCCAACAACACCCCCAACACCCACAACACCAGCAACCACCCUCUACGCCCGUCCAACCCGGCGGCCCGUCGCCCGUCUUUCGCGACUACAGUGGCUCCGUCCACGCGUCGCCGCGCGGCCAUCCUCUUUCCGAAUACCAACACCGCCUGCAACUUCAGCAGCAGACGCCCGGUGGCGGACCCGGAGGCCCCCCGACACCCUAUGGCGCGCGGCCGGUGCCGCCGCCGCUACAGCCCCUGACUAGCGGCGAUCUGAGGUCACCCGGGGGGCCAUCGCCGUACCGCCACACGCCCGGGGGCUCUGUCAGUGCCGGUCCUGGCGGCGGCUAUCCUUUUCCACCGACGGGGUCGAGCCCCGUGCAACACCACCAGCCAUACCCGCCGGGAUCAAAUGUCUAUCCUCCACCACAGCAGCAGCAACAGCAGCAGCAGCAACGCGACAGCUAUGGCGGGCCUUCGCCUUACCAGCAGCAACAGCAGCUGCCGCCCCAGACACCCCCCAUCGGUCCACCCGGGAGCGCCUCGUCUGCCUUUCCGCCACACCAGCGCUCCCAAUCAACACAGUCGACUCCUACGCCGACAUCCGCGCACAGCCAGCACGGCUCACUGCCCCCACAGCAGCAGCCGCAGCAGCAAUCACAACAGCAGCCGUACGGCGGCGCACCGUACGGCCAAGUCAGCCCCGUGUUGCAGCAUCGCCAAGGCCCGCUGCAUCCGUCGUCGCAGUCGCACCCUUACCAGCAGUCGCCUUUUGACCCGACACGCCCCCCACAAUCGUCUCAGCCUCCAACACCUCUGGGUCCACCUUUGUCUACGCAACAGCAGCAACAACAAAGAACAACACCUGGGCCUAGCCCCUACCCUCUGCCGCAGCAGCAAACCCAACCGCCGUAUAUGCUGCAAAGCGACAAACAAUUGCAGAAACAGCAGCUAAAGGAGCAAAAAGACUUGGAGAGACGGCAACUCAAGGAACAAAAGGAACACCAAAAGAAACAGAAGCAGCAGCAAAUGCACCAGCAGCACCACCAACGGUCACAACCAGCCAGCCCGCUUCAGCAGCGUGUCCCGCCGCCAUCUGCAUCAUCGAUGCCCUCUCGUCCUUCCGUUGCUUCUGCUCCCCAACCUCCAGCCGGUGGUCCCGGCGGCUUCGGCCAGCCGGACACAUCAGCAUCAGCUCACCGUCGAUCCAUGUCACGUAGCGAUCGCGCAGCUAGCGUCAGCGUGAGUCCAAAGUCUCGCGUGCCUAGCCUGCCGAGCGGUUCGGCGGCAUCCUCCAUGGCGCGGCCGACCUCGUCAGCGUCGGCGUCGGCAUCGGCCACCGCCCCGGCAGCCAUGGACAUUGAUAGUCAGAGCGGUGGUGGUCCGCCUGCAAAGCGAAAGAUGGACGAGCGCGACCUGCACCCAGACGAGAUCGACCGCAAGGACGUUCGUCGUCCGGCACCCUUCGAAGGCACUAACGGUACCGGCACCAGUGCCGCUGCACACCUGCAACGCCCCGACUCCCGUCACGACAGUCAGAUGCCCGCUACGACCUCCAAGUCGUCAGCUCGCCCCACGACACCGGCAGCCCCCGUCUCGGCCUCAGUGCCGCACAACCCGACACCCAAGCUGAAAAAACCUACCCGCUACACCGAGGUCCCCACGUGGGCCCGCAAAUAUGAUGGUGGUCCGCUGAAACGGGGCAACCUGAUCGUCUUUAAGCCCGGCGAGGGCCAUCGCCACGCUAAUGGCGGCGAUAAGAAGGAGGCUGCCGGUGGCUCGACGACGAGCGCUAUGCAUAGUAGACAUACCUCGCGGCAAGGAUCGCCCGAAGCCGGGGCUGCCUCGCAGGCGGCUCCAGGACCUGGUCCUGGUCCUGGUCCUGGUCCUGGUCCUGGAGUCGACGGACCUCCCGGCGGCGGCCCAUCACCGGCGGAUGCACGCGCCGCUCUGCUCAGCCCCUGGGAGGAGUCGGUAACGGGCGACAAGCCGUACGAGGAGCUGUCGCGCAAGGUGGCCGACUUUUUGUUUGUGAACGUCGUCAGCAACCCCAACAUGAUUGAGAUCCAGGGCCUCGGGGUCCAGUUUGAGAUUGAGGCCAAACUCGGCACGCUGAUCAGCAAGGACACCAACCAGCGCAUUGAGCUGCCCGUGGCCUCCGAAUGCUUGUUGCAGGACACCGGCCGCGUCGCGUUUAAGAGCAGCAUGACCGAGGUGCAGCACAAGGCCUUCAACGAGUUUCUCAACGGCCUCGUCGUCGAGACCGACGCACGCAACCCGGCCAACGCCGGCCGCCCGCGCCCGCGCGUGCCCGUCGUCUACAAGCACCGCCGCGAGAUUGACCGCUUCUUUGAGCUGCCCCUGGGCCUCCAGGAGCGGCUGCCCGCCUGCGUGCGCAAUCUCCUGCCGCACCGCUACCCGGUCAAGGUCCGCGUCACCUACGACAAGAAGACCAACGACGUCCUGGCCAAGAUUGUCAAGGCCCGCAUCAGCGACCUCAACCUCUACUUCCCCGACGCGCCCCUCGACUGCCGGCUCAGCGUCAACCUCGAAAUGCACUGGGACGGCGGCGUCGACGAGCUCGAGCAGCUGGCCGCCGCCACGACGCGCGAGCAGCCGCCCGACCGCGAAAAGGACCGCCUGUCGUACACGCAGAGCCACUACCAGAUCGACCUCACGCAGGUCACGUACAAGGUGCAAGGGCCGCAGAAGAUGGAGCGCGAGGAGAAGGAGCACGAGCUGGAGAUUGAGCUGGCGCCGGGCAUCCUGAUCGACCAGGGCCGGCGGGCGCGCAACGGCGACAUGCACGCGUACCCGGAGCUGGUGGAGGGGCUGGUGGACAAUGUGCGGAUCCUGGCGCGGCGGGCCAAGGCGCUGUCGCUGGGGUGA